AAGAGAGUACUGAAUCGAAGUUGAUAUUAGGAAUCAUCAUAUAAGGAAGAAUAAUUGUAGAGCUGGGCAGGCAGGAGUUGGGUGUAAAUACAUUAGUCCCCACCCUUUUCGUCAGCGGUCACUCAACCUUGGACGUUAGAGCCUGUCUCACUGAGAGAAGGAAUGUCGCUGGGGAAGGAAAACAGGGCGGUGUGAGAGCGGGCAGAAGCUCUGAGCUGGAAGAGGCUGGGGAGAGCACGGAGCAUGGCCCUCAGAUGGUAACAAAAAAUAAUCCAGAUGGGGUGCAGGUGCUGUAAAAUGUUACAAAGCUAUCUCUUUGAUCCAGUUCAAGUGCCCUCCCCUGGUUACGUCAACGAAGUAAGCAGCUGCAAGGUAGAUGAAGACGACACUGUCAAAUUAAAAGGCAAGCAGAGCAGGGAAGUCCUGGUGCAGAGAAAUGACCUUCCGAGCGAGGACGCGAAGACGACCGCGAGCAGAAGCGGGACGGCCGGUCCGCUGGAGCCCUGCUGGCCGCACGGAGGACCGCUCCUUCAGGGGGACCCCGGAGCGAGUCCCUGUGCCGAGAAGGCUGGCGGUGCCGUCAAUGGCAUCGGCCCCACUGCCGCCCUGCAGCUCACUGGGGACCCAGCCCACCCCCAGGGUGACGGGGGCUCCUGGGCCAGUACCGCCAACGGGGUUCGCCCGGCCCAGCCCUACCUUGAAGGGGGCAGCGCCAGCGAACCGGACCGUGUGCUGCCGGCCUCAGAGGAGACCCGAGUCAGCCCACCUGGGGACUCCAGAGCGCCUCCCAAGGCAGAACAUCCUGCCCGGGAAGCACAGGACCACGUCCUCCAGAUACCCGCCCCGGACUACCCUCGGCGCCGGGGCUCGGCUGAAGACGACGCUGAUCACGGAGAACAGGGUUGUCUUUUCAAGAGCCGCGCUGCGGAGGAGCCCCGGGAGGGCGUUCAGCCCAGGGCGGGGGACCACGGGAUGAAUAUACCCUUCUCCGUGAAGAGAAGCUGGGAUUCAUUAAACGAGGCCGCGGCAACUGAAGUUCUAAAUGUCUACUUUAAAGAGGAGGAUCCAGCUCAGGACGUGCCUGUGGCUGAUUCGAGAAACGGGUUGGAGGAGGGCCCGGGCUCCCGUGGAGACAGGAGCGGGCGGCUGGAGGCGGAGGAGGACGCAGAGGUGGCCGAAGCCCUUGCUGCGCUGGAAGCAGCGACUGCAGGAGAAGAUGUGGACGAGGCCGAUUAGGGGAGGGGAUGUGCGCAGGCAUAUAAACUGGCGUGGCCCUGGGGCCUGUGGGAUGCGUCUGCUCCUUAGACGCAGAGCGGAUACUCUGCCGCACGCACGCACGGGUGCAGCCUGAACAGGGGUUGACACCCAGCAUCUGUUCUGAUGGCUGCGAGUGCCUGCGUCAGGCCGCGUGCUAAACAUGGACAGGACCACUGUCUGGAUGAGCUAUCACUCAGGAUACCAGAACGAAAGUCAGAGUGGGCCACCGUGCUGGGCUGCACAGCAUGCGUAGGGAUUAAACAGCCUGCUCCCCAGCCCGCAAAGCUCCCCCAGAACAUCUGGUGCAGGUGUUCUUGAGGAUGCGCUGAAGUCCCAGCACUUAAUCCCACGGUCACAGAUUCGCAGAACAUUCUGUUUGACUGUAAAUUCUUUAUCUUGCUUUUGAGAGCCAAACGUUAUACCCAGCCUGGGAAAGGUAACUCCCACAAAGUGCCUAAUGUAUCCUCCCCAGAGCAUGGCUUACCUUCAGGGACAAUCACCCAGGGAACUAAUAACUAACCACUCGUUGUUGGACAGAGAGUUAAGCUUAGCAGCUGUCAGUGGAGCAGGAGCCACCCAUAAACAAAUGGUUAGUCAUUAGCUGUGAUAGCAAGACACCUUGACCUUAACUUUUUUACAUUAUUACUUUUUCAUCUCCUUUGGGAUUUGGGGGUACAGUCAAAAUCGUUCUUUAAACUGUUUAUGUCCUAUUUGGGUUUUAAGUUCAUGAGAUUUGGAUGAGCAAAGAGAUAGAUGGAGUGUUUUGUGCCAUGUAACGUCUGAUUCUGAUUAAAAUGUAAGAACACA